AUGAGCUCCUUUGAAAUAAUUGAUCCGAAAAAGCCGGUGGAGGAAAAUAAGCUGCCAAAUGGAGUGGAACUACUUCAGCAUGAAGUAAAUGCCUUUUCUAAUCACUAUUCGAAUGGAAAAUCUUUUGAUGAUUUGGAGAAGAAAUCGAUUGAGACUGGAACAGAGCCAGGAAUUCACUUCGGAAUUGAUUUUAAACUUCACCCGGAUGCAGUCAAGAAAUUGGAUUCAAUUGGACUCUUUUGUAAAUUGAGUAUUGCUCCUAUCAGUUACACUUAUAAAUACCCAACUGAAAUGGCAAAAGGAGGUGUCCAAAUCACUUUCAAACCAGAAGUUCCUGAAUUGAAAGAUGUCAAAUGGGUUCAUGAAGAUGGAACUGCUGACGAUCUUUUCAAAGAAGACAAUGGACAUUAUUCAUGUGUUUCGAUGAUUCCUCUCAAAUCAUUGAAUGAGUUUACCGAGAACGGAUGCGCUGUUUUGAGAGUUGAGAUGACUAUUGACAAAGAAUAUUUCGAUAUUCAGAAAUACAUCGAUUUGGAUAUAAAAGAAGCAUAUGUUGCUCCGAAUUCAUAUAAGAUUCUCGAUAAGAUUUUGAUGGGAGAACAAGUUCCAAAAAGUGAUUGGGUUAUAUCUGCGAGUGAAGGAUUUCCACGAGAUUUUCACGUUCAUGGACCUGUUCUAGCAGAUUCGAGUUAUGCAUUGAGAGCUGCUGUCACGAGUCACAUGUGUAUUUCCAAAGAAAUUGCCAUGAUUUCUCAUGAAAACCGUUUCGUUGUAACUAGUCUAAAAUCAAAGGAUAUGCGUGUGAUUCUCACAUAUAUCUAUCAUCGUCGUUUCGUUCUUCCUGAAUUUGACGCGGUCAGCCGAAUUGGAAAAGUCUUGUCGUUGCUGUUCAAAGAUGACAUUCUGAAAUUCUUUGAGAGUUGGAACGCGGAAAUUAUCAAGAAUCUCAGAAAACUUGAUUGUGUGAAAGCAUUGAUUUGUGUCACUUCUGCACCUCAAGGAUCUCUUCUUGGAGUAUACAAUGUUGCUCUGAUUGUUGCUGCAGAUGCGUGGCAAAUGACUGAAAUCAAUGGAAAGAAAUUAAAGAAGGAGAAAGUGAAAAAGGAAAUUGGAAAGCCUUGGACUGUUAUUGAUGAUAUCCUUGAGUUAAUCGACGACUUCAAAACUGUUGUCUGUGGAGUAGAAAAAAUGGAAUUUAUUGAAUAG